AUGAUUUUCCUACAAAAGUAUGAACAAAAAACUCAUCUACGGCCACAGACAGCCUCUCGGUUGCCAUUUUUCUUCCCGCAGAAGUCCUUCUAUGACACAAGCUACGGCCCACUUGACAAGCACGGCAUGGAUAAGCGUGAGCCUCUGAAUACCUGUGAAACCUCAGAGGCGUCCAACCUCACGCUGGAGGAGGACCUGGUGGUGGUGGCAACAUUAGCCCACGGGAAGAUUCUGAAGAAGAGGCGGCUGGGUUUGAAUCAAACCAUCACUGAUGAAGAAGAUCUGGAAGCCAUCGACAAUGACUUGGAAGAAGAAAUCAUCGAGCCGCAGUCAGUGCCUUACAGCCUCCAGAGCAAUGUGAAAUACGUAUACAAGAGGAUUUUAAAAAAGGGAUUGACCCUAAAUGACCCCAUUCAUCAAAGCUUAUAUAUAAGUGAUUCAAAUCUCAAAGCUGCAUAUCUUACAGCAAAUAAUUGGCAUCUUGAAGUGAAAUUUGACAUAGCUCAUUAUGUGGGAACAAGGAUACGUCCUGUGACUCUAAAAAUCUCAAACACACAACUGUAUGUGUGUGCUCAGGAGGAAAACCAGCCCGUGCUGCUGAAGGAGAUACCUGAGAUGCCAAAGACCAUCACAGGGGAUGACAUCAAUCUGAUCUUCUUCUGGGAAAUUGUGAGAAAUCACAGCUACUUCAGGUCAGCUGUCAACACCGAGCUGUUCCUUGCCACACAGUCUUCCAGUUUUGUGACCUUGUCUAAGCCACCACUCUAUAUGACAGACUUUGUGGUAUCCUAGAGCCAGCCUCAGCUCUGGAGUCUGUUAGUCUGUGUGUACCAUGUACAUGAAGAAGUUGAUCUCUGCUAUUACUCAUUUGCCGAGCAUGUGCUGAGCCUUUGUAACUCUAAAUGAAUGUUUACCCUCUUUGUAAGAGAAUGGAUUAUCUAAUAGAACCAACAUUAACAUAUAAUGCUAUUUGUUAUUUAAAGAACACCCUAUACUUUGCACAGUACCAAUCAUUUUAAUUAUCAUUCUUCAUAACAUUCAUAGGAGGACCAGGGCUCCUCACAGCAACUACCACAAAGACUCAGAUUACAGGCAGAAGAAAACUCAAAAAUACAAAACCAGCAGUUAGAACGAGAACCCCAGACCUAGGAUUUCAUCCCAACUUAUGCCUUCCGCAUAUAAAUUCCUGACAGAUUCUUAGUCCAAUGGGAAGUUUCUAACAUCUUGGUUUUACCAUUUUCCAAAAGGAGAGAAUGCUAGCUAGAUCCUUCCUGCCUCAGCGUUUCGCUAAUGUCAGUUAUUAAGGUCAUUUUAGCCAAAUAACUCUUGAAGCUGAGCCUCAAGAAGACAAACCAUGGAAUGUUAUUUUUAAGUUAUUUAUAUAUGUAUUUAUAAAUUAUAUUUAAGAUAAUAUUAUUUUAUUUAUGGUGGCUCCUUGCACCCUCUAAGUAUGACCAGACAUGCUCAACAGCAGCGGAGUUUCUAGGCUGAGUGAGUUAGAGGCGGUACUCCAGAGCACUUGGACUGGAGCAGUGCAUGCUCCAUAGCCAGGAAGCGCUGUCUUCUAGUACUUAGGAGCCUGAAAAUUAUGCUAAUAAACUUUUGUUAAUUGCUUUGCUUGUUUGAGAUGAUCAUUGAACCAAUAUUUCAUUCUUGCCUUGGCAUUCUUAUGUUAUUCAUGUGUAUAAUUAAAUUCAACUAACUAAAAUCGGAGGAAUUUAACUCUGGCAACCAUAGAACCACUGUUCCCUAAAAUUCCUUUUCUGGAAUGUAAUCAUCUCAAUCAUAAUUGAA